AUGGCGUCCAUGUUCGAGCAGUCAGGGAGCGGCACCCUUUUCCUCGGUGGCCAGAAGAUUUCCGGCGCCGACAUCAGAGACCAAAACGUCCUCGCGACCCAAGCUAUCGCAAAUGUCGUCAAGAGCUCAUUCGGCCCCAGCGGCCUUGACAAGAUGAUGGUCGACGAUAUUGGUGAUGUCACGGUCACGAACGACGGCGCCACUAUCCUCAGCCUGUUGGACGUCGAGCACCCCGCUGGCAAGAUCUUGGUCGACCUGGCACAACAACAAGACAAGGAGGUCGGCGAUGGCACCACGUCCGUCGUCCUCAUCGCCGCCGAGCUGCUGCGCAGAGGCAACGAGCUUAUGAAGAACCGCAUACACCCCACUACCAUCAUCACCGGCUACCGACUUGCCCUUCGCGAGGCCGUCAAGUACAUGAACGAGAACAUCAGCAUCAAGGUCGAGAAUCUCGGUCGCGAAUCCCUCAUCAACAUUGCCAAGACCUCCAUGUCCAGCAAGAUCAUCGGUGCCGACUCCGAGUUCUUCGCCAACAUGGUUGUCGAUGGCAUGCUCGCCGUUAAGACCACGAACAACCGUAACGAGACGAAAUACCCCGUUAAGGCUGUCAACAUCCUCAAGGCACACGGAAAGGGCUCGCUGGAGUCUGUUCUGGUCAAGGGCUACGCUCUUAACUGCACAGUCGCUUCCCAGGCCAUGCCUACAAGAAUAACGGACGCCAAGAUUGCCGUGUUGGAUAUGAACCUGCAAAAGGAGCGUAUGAAGUUGGGUGUUCAGAUUACCGUCGAUGACCCGACACAACUGGAGCAGAUCCGCGCGAGAGAGUCUGGCAUGAUCCUGGAGAGGGUAGACAUGAUCCUGAAGGCUGGCGCCAACGUUAUCCUUACUACCAAGGGUAUCGACGACAUGGUUCUGAAGACUUUCGUUGAGAGGGGCGCUAUGGGUGUUCGCAGAUGCAAGAAGGAGGACCUCCGCAGAAUUGCCAAGGCUACCGGCGCUACCCUUCUCAGCACACUCUCCGACCUCAACGGCGACGAGAAGUUCGACCCCGCGUACCUUGGACACGCGGAGGAGGUUGUGCAGGAGCGCAUCUCAGACGACGAGUGCAUUCUCGUCAAGGGCACCAAGACCCACUCCUCAGCAUCCAUCAUCCUCCGCGGCCCCAACGACUUCACUCUGGACGAGAUGGAGCGUUCUAUCCACGACUCCCUCAACGCCGUCAAGAGAACGCUCGAGAGUGGCAGCAUCGUACCGGGUGGCGGUGCCGUCGAGACUGCUCUGCACAUCUACCUCGAGGAGUUUGCCGGUACCGUCGGUUCCCGCGAGCAAUUGGCCAUCGGCGAGUUUGCUCAGUCCCUGCUCGUUAUCCCCAAGACCCUGGCUGUCAACGCGGCCAAGGACGCCUCAGAGCUCGUCGCCCAGCUGCGCUCUCGGCACGCGCUCUCCCAGCGCAUUCAGGAGGGCGAGGGCAACGAUGACGAGAAGAUUGUCGCCCGCAAGAAGGCGUACAAGAACUACGGUCUGGACCUGACGAAGGGCAAGGUUAUUGACGAGGUCAAGGCUGGUAUUUUGGAGCCCAGCAUCAGCAAGAUCCGGCAACUCAAGAGUGCCGUGGAGGCUUGCAUCAGCAUCAUGCGUAUCGAUACCCUGAUCAAGCUGGAUCCCGAGCAGAGGGCGGAGGAUGACGGCCACGGUCACUAA